AUGGCACCUGUUCGCGCUGUGAUUCCUGACGAUUUUGAGCUCCCAGUGGACGCCUUCGACAUUCCCCUCUGCUAUCAAGGCGAUCUCUCCGGCGUCGUCAUUCCAGAAGGACUCGUCCGCGAUCGUGUCCGUCGUCUCGCCAAGGAUAUCCAUGCGGAAAUCGGAAACAAACCGAUUGCCCUUCUCUGCGUCCUUAAAGGCUCCUACAAAUUCUUCACUGCGCUAGUCGAGGAGCUCACGAACGCCCGAUCGGCUUGCACCGAACCGAUGACCGUGGAUUUCAUUCGUGUGAAGAGUUACGAGGAUCAGAGCAGCACUGGACAGAUUCAAAUCAUGGGACUAUCGAACUUGGACGAGCUCAAAGGAAAGAGUGUUCUUGUCGUGGAUGAUAUCUCGGAUACUGGAAGAACCCUCGCCAAAUUGCUCACAACUCUCAAGGAGACCGGUGUUGAGAAGACAUGGACAGCCCUUCUUCUUUCGAAACGUGUCAAGAGACACGUGGAUGUUCCAGAAGACUUUGUUGCGUUUGAGAUUCCGGACAAGUUCAUCGUCGGCUACGGGCUGGACUAUAACCAGAAAUUCCGCGAUUUGGGACAUAUUUGUGUGAUGAGCCCAGCCGGAAUUGAGAAGUACAAGAAUCAUUGA